AUGGGCCAAGAACAAGCCCCGAUAGCCUCCGAGACUACAGUCGGCUCUCUGGCACCCGGUACAUACCUUUCUCUGCUGCCAAUCGUGGACGAAAUUCUCGCUAUACUUCACGCGCAAACUGUCUCUCCUGAGCGGAUAUCCCCAGCUCAAUCUUCCGACCAGGUAGCACCAAAGGCCAAAGAGCUCUCGCAAGCACUGGAAGGAAUGAAGAUGUCGGCUCUCUCGCUUCCGGGAGGCAAUUUGUCAACGGAAGAUAUAGGCAAGCUGUUGGAUGUUCUAGAAAGCGAGGGUGACAAGAGAAGACGGAUCCUGUCAAGUUUUGAGACGCUCAGCCUACCGACGGUGGAGGAGUUGGCUAGUGCUGGACCGGAAACCAAAACUGAAGGGGAAAGGCUCAUGUGA